UUUAAAAUGAUCUUACUGUCUACCGACAGUGUUAAGAAGCCUUAUCGCAUGUCCUAUCUAAGACCUACUACAUACAACCAUGGACAGGCGGUUUUCUCUUCUGGUCCUUCUCUUCGGUAUUACAGGGCCGGUGACCGGAGAAUGUCCGAGCGGCUGGAUUGGACAUGGGCACUCAUGCUACUUCUUCAGCAACAAAAACAGAAACUGGUAUGACGCAGGGUACACAUGCGAGGCCAUACACAGUAAGAGAGUGGCUAUUGACUCCGAGGACGAAAAUACAUUUUUGGCGGGAGUUUUAUCACAUUUUAGAGGUGCCUUUCGAUCAGAUUCGUUCUGGACAGAAGGUACAUCAGAAGGAUCGUCUGAUGGAAGUUAUAAAUGGGCAACAUCUCAGGAUCCUGUCACCUACACAAACUGGGACACAAACGAGCCGAACGCAACUGUGGGGGACUGCGUUGUGCUGAAAUUUGACCGAACCUGGCAAUCCAGGAAUUGUCACCAUGAUCAAGGCUUUAUCUGCGAGGUCAGUCGCCAACAGAGUGACUGUCAGACAACUGAUGGAGCGUCUGUCAUUGGAUAGAAUCGGAGAUAAAUAUAUGCUUUAAUAAACCAGCAUCAGAAACAAGA